AACACAUCAACCUAGGAAUCGUGGGUGACAUCUAGCAUCAACCAUGGCUGUCCACCACGCAAGGAUGUUUGAAGUAACGCUAUAUAAAUCUCUAGAACACCCUUCUCAAUGCCUAUCUCCAGCUCACAGUCACGUACCGAUUACCUGAAAGUACCAUUGUAGAUCAUUCACACUCCUCGGCCCAUGGCUCCUCUCAUCCUACUUACCGGUGCCACAGGCCUGAUUGGCUUCCGAAUUCUUCUCGAGAUCCUCCAGUCCGGUACCUACGACGUCCGAAUUGCAACCCGCUCACAAGCAAAGGCCGAGUCCAUUCUAUCCAACCCUGCCAUCCAGAACCUCUCCCACGGCAGCCGACUCUCCACUAUAAUCAUCCCAGACUUUACCGCCCCUGGAGCCUUCAAUUCUGCCCUAAAAGAUAUCACCUACGUGAUAUACGCCGGCUCCCCCGUUCCAGUCCCGGGCUUCGACCCCAUGACCCAAAUCUGGACCCCCAGCAUCGUCGGCCCAGCCAACCUUCUCUCCACCGCGCUCAACUACACCAACAUAAAACGCAUCAUCAUCACCUCCUCCAUCGUCGGCACCCUAGAUCCAGUCCCUAACCCAUCUAUCACCGCAACCGCGACAACCCGCAUCCACCUCCCGACCAUCCCCUCAACUUUCACCAACAUCUUCGAAGCCUACAUCCUCGCCAAAAUCACCGAACUAAACCGCACAGACGAGUUCAUAGACACCCAAAACCCCCAUUUUUCCAUCGUCCACAUCAUCCCCGGCUACGUCUUCGGCCACGACCACCUAGUCCAUGACGCCGAAACUGCUCGCACAAAGGCAAGUUCCUGCGGCAUGCUCCUGCGGGGAUUCACGGGCGAGGAACUCCCCAAUCCCAUGCACGGGGGAUUCGUUCAUAUCGAUGAUCUAGCUCUCGUACAUCUCAAAGCCCUGGAGCUUGAAACCACUUCAGAGACGCCUAGCAGUUUCGGGGCGUGCACUAUGGUUGACUUCUCAAGCGUCUGGGAGAUCAUCGAGAAGAGGUUUCCCAAGGCGGUUGCGGAGGGUAUCUUCGAGCGCGGAGAAUAUCAUACCCUUCCAGUUAUGUAUGACUCGUCUGAGACGGAGCGCGUCCUAGGUAUUAAGUUCCGGGCCUUCGAGAAUGCAGUGUGUGAUGUAGCGGUACAGUAUUUGGAGCUGAUGGGGAGGGAAGUCGCAUAGACUUUCGUAAUCGGAACUGACGUCAUUGUGAUAAAGAGUUUGCAUUACUGAGUUUGUUGGGCUAGAAUAGUGUUGAGCGUACGAUGGAAUUAUACUAGCUUCGAGG